AUGAUAUUACAGGGUCUACUCAUCUGGCUCGUCCUCACAUUACCGCUAAGAACCGUGUCCAUUUUCACUAUCUCUUAUGACGAAGAAUCCAAAGAAACUGUUUGGAAAGACAACCGUUUGGAUAUAACAAAGUCGGCUAAGAAGAUGGACGAAUUGUUCAAUCCGAAGGAUUUGCCUGAGAGCUCUUCAGUGCCUCAUAGAAAGGCACCUCAGUUUAUGCUGGACUUGUUCAACGCAGUGGCAGACUCCAAUGGAAUCCCCAGGAACUCGGAGAAACUAGAGGGCAAUGUGGUGCGGAGCUUCGAGGACAGAGGUGAGUUAUCUCCAAGCGCGUAAUUACGCACAUACUUUUGUGACCAAGCAUGUUUGAAAAUAAUAUACAAAAUAUAUAAAAAAUCUUAAAGGGAAAACUUUCAGACGUUUUAUUUAAACACAAUUCUUCAUAUAUUUACACAGGACAUGCCGGUGGAAGGUUUCAUUUCUUCAAUUUGUCCUCAUUUGCCAGAGAUGAGAGAAUGAUCAAAGCAGAAUUUCGCUGGUUCAGGCAAAAACAAAGACUUUUCCUUGGGCAGUCAUAUGGACCCUAUUUCUACAAGGUUAGUUGGAAAUACAUACUUUUAAGUGUGUUGAAAUAACUCGACAUAAUUAUUGUACUGUUUAGCCUAAUGCAUGAUUUGCGCGCGCAGGUGGACCUAUAUGAGGUGUUGGAUAACAGAGUAAAACCUUGGAGAGGGAAUCUAAUCACGUCAAGACUUUUGCCUUUAUACACUCAGGGAUGGGAAGUCUUCAACGUCACACAAACAGUAAGCUCUAUUCACGUUUUAUCACAGCAGAUCAUAUUUCAACAUUACCCUUUCAAUAUUUUAAUCGCAUCAUUUGUUUUCCCCAAUGAAAGGUGUCCAAGUGGAUUCGCAACAGCGAGGAUAAUAAUGGUAUUCUGGUUGUUAUUACUCUGCCAUCGGGGAAAUGGAUUGAGUCUGUCCUGCCGUCUUCAGAGAGACAGGGAGAAUCACCUGCGGAGAACGCUUACCUGGUUAUAUUCUCAGACGACGGAAGAGGCUCCACCACUAAUCGAUCACUAAAUCAAGGUAAACUAGCAGGGGCAGAAUUUAAGUUUUUUAUAUUCAGACAGAAUAACAGUGGAAUCGUUGUGUGCAAGGCCUGCAGACCUUCAACCUCAUAGUUGUAAAAAAAAAAGACAUUGAGAGAACGCUUUUCAGAGUUUUAUUUUUCUACUUUUCAUGUAAAAACAGACCAAAAAUUAUGGAUAAAAAAACUAUGUUGAUGAACAUAGUUUCUGUUGCUUCUGAUGAAUAGUUAUCCUUCUCCCCUCCUCGUCCUUAGACGUAGCCUGGGGUGCGAAAGUAAUGACACCCUUGAUAAAGAUGAGCAAAAAUGCCUGUAUAAAAUAAAUAUUUUCAAAUACUGAGCUAUUUGUAUGUAAAAAAAACUAUAUACUAAUACAAUUGCUCAGAGAAAGAGGCCAAUUUUUUUUUUCUCAAAGGGUAGGGGUCAAAAUGAUUGACACCCCUGUCUUUAAUACCUUUCAAUACCUCACACUGCGAGGCUAAUGGUACUGAGCCUUUUAUUUCUACAAUGUUUUAUGAGUUGGAGAAGACAUUGGGAGGGAUCUUAGACCAUUCCUCCAUACAGAAUCCUUCCAGAUCCUUGAUAUCCUUCGUCUGAGUUUGUGGACUGCCCUCUUCAAUUCAAACCAAACGUUUUCAAUUGGUUUCAAGUCCGGAGACUGAGAUGGCCAUUUCAAAAUGUUGAUUUUUGUGGCCAAUUAACCCUUUCUUUGUGUAUUUUGAUGUGUGCCUGGGGUUAUUGUCUUGCUGGAAUAUCCACUUGUGGCCAGGUUUCAGCCUCCUGACAGAGGCAAGUGGUUUGAUUAGUGUUGGAAUUAUUUAUUUUAUACAGUAAUAUUUGCUAAUCUUUAUCAAGGUGUCAAUAAUUUCGGACCCCACUGUAUGUCAUCUGCUCAUAGCUGGGCUGGACCUUCUUGGGCAGGGAGCCCGUUGCACGUGCGCUCGGGGUCUCAAUCACCUCCAUUAUAAUGGGGCGCCAAAUGACCUCGUAUGACUUUACGAUCAUGUUAUCUUUUGUUGGUGUCUUUCAUUUUCGUUCAUAUAUUUUUUACAAUCUUGUGUGCGGAAUGUUUAAAUCGAAUAAUGGGCCAACAGUAUAUGACUAUUUGCAGGACUGAAAGAAACAAAAUGGGAUAAUUAAACGUUGAAAAUAAACGUUUAUCUGAUUGUAGGCUAUACAUUGGACUUUGUUCAUCAUAGAACAUUUAGUACAAACAUUUCUACAAUCGUAUUGCUAGGCCGUCAAUUAUCAAAUUAUAUUACGAGAAAGGUGUAGGUUUGCAGUUGUAUGCCUAACUGCCGAUGAUUAUUGAAAUACAGAUAUAUUCCUUUCUCAUUUAAAUAUUUGUAGGACAUGUCGGCCAAGCCACAGCACAUGGCAGUCCUGCGAAGGUACAGCCUCAAGACAGCCGGAGCAGGAGGAGGCGCGCAGCCCAAAGUUAUCCCCGCAGCCGCCCCAUGUCCUGCCAGCGUAUCCCCCUCUUUGUGGACUUUGAGGAGAUCGGCUGGGCAGGCUGGAUCAUCUCUCCACGGGGGUACAACGCUUACCACUGCAAGGGCUCCUGCCCGUUCCCACUCGGAGAGAGUCUCCGCGCCACGAAUCAUGCGACUGUGCAGUCCAUCAUGCAUGCACUAAAGCUCUCCAACGACCUGGAUACACCAUGCUGCGUGCCUGACAAACUCCAGUCCAUCAGCCUUCUCUAUUUUGACGACGAGGAAAACGUGGUUCUGAAACAGUAUGACGAUAUGGUGGCAGUCAGCUGUGGCUGUCAUUGA